GGACACAGUAGAGGGAAAAGAACAAGAACAAAACCGGGGCAGCUGUGGAGGAAGACGAACAAGGAACAAAGGUUUAAGCUCACUUGCUUUCACUGGUACGUAUUUCCCAUACAAUAUCGAUUCCACUGACCAUGAUUUCAUAAAAAAAAAAAAAGCUGUCUUUUUAGUUUCUGGUACCUGAUUUUCAGCUUUGUGAAAUCCAUUAGAAACCUAGAACCACACCGUGUUGAGUUCAUAUAGUUCUAGUUUACCCAUGUAUUAUUUUCCUUUUUAAUUGAAGGGUUUAUGCUGCCAGUGGUGGGGAACUGAAAAGGUUGAAACUUUAUAGGUAAAAAAAUCAAGCAGUGUAAUAGAUGAAUUGUAUGCCAUCGAAAAACAUAUGGAUUCGGCGGCAACAAUGCCCAUGUGGGGAUUGGAAAUGUUAUGUUACAUAUGAGGGAGACUCUGAAGAGACCUCCCUUGCAGCCCAAUUGGUAAAGAAUGAUACUUCAACCUCAGAAGCUAUGGUUUCACCUUAUGUUGGAAUGGUGUUUAAGAGUGAUGAUGAUGCAUUUGAGUAUUAUGGCAAUUUCGCUAGAAAAAAUGGGUUUUCUAUUAGGAAAGAGAGGUCCAGACUUAGCCCACAGUUGGGUAUUUAUAAGCGUGACUUUGUUUGCUAUCGGUCUGGGUUUGCUCCGGCCAAGAAGAAGCCAACAGGGGAACACCAUAGGGAUAGGAAGUCGGUUCGGUGUGGAUGUGAUGCAAAAAUGUAUUUGUCAAAGGAGGUUGUUGAUGGGGUUUCUCAAUGGUUUGUUGUCCAAUUUAGUAACGUGCAUAAUCAUGAGCUUUUGGAAGAUGAUCAAGUACGCCUCCUUCCUGCUUAUCGUAAAAUUCAAGAGGCGGAUCAACAGCGGAUACUGUUACUUUCCAAAGCUGGGUUCCCUAUACAUCGGAUAGUGAAGGUGUUGGAGUUGGAAAAGGGGAUUCAAGGCGGACAGUUGCCCUUUUUAGAGAGGGAUGUCAGAAACUUUGUCCAAAAUCGUAAGAAGGUUGUUCAAGAAAAUGAUGCCUUGAUCACUGAAAAAAGGGAAAAUGAUACACUAGAACUUCUUGAGGCAUGCAAGGUAACAAAGGAGGCUGAUGAAGACUUUGUUUAUGAUUUUACAGUUGAUGAGAAUGAUAAGGUGGAACACAUUGCAUGGUCUUAUGGUGAUUCAGUCCAUGCGUAUACUAUGUUUGGUGAUGCAGUUUAUUUUGACACUAUGUAUCAAUCAAUCACAUAUGGCAUGCUUUUUGGAGCAUGGCUUGGCAUCGACAACCAUGGAAGAACCAUUUUCUUUGGUUGUGUUCUGCUGCAAGAUGAAACACCUCGUUCCUUCUCAUGGGCUUUACAGACUUUUGUUCGUUUCAUGAGAGGAAGAUGGCCACAAACAAUUAUAACUGAUCUUGAUACCGGGCUUAGAGAUGCAAUAACAAGUGAACUGCCUAACACUAAGCAUGUCAUUUCUCUGUGGAAUAUUCUUCCUAAGGUAUCCAGCUGGUUCUCUGUAUCACUUGGAUCUCGAUAUGCAGAGUUUAAAUCUGAGCUUGACGUUUUAUAUCGGGUGGAGAGUACAGAGGAUUUUGAACUCCAAUGGAAUCAAAUGAAUUUAAUAUACGGCUUAUCUACAGAUAAGCACAUUGCUUUACUUCAUUCAUUUCGGGCAUCUUGGGCUUUGUGCUAUAUGAGGGGUUGCUUUGUCGCUAGAAUGGCAACAACAGAUUAUUCAAAGUCUAUAGAAGCAUUCUUAAAAGGUGUUUUCAGCACACAAACGUGUCUGCGCAGCUUUUUCGAGCAGGUUGGUAUUUCUGCCAAUUUUCAAAAUCAGGCACGUCGAGAGAUGCAGUAUAUGCAUACAAAAACAUGCAUUCCCAUUGAAGAGCACGCAAGGAGUAUUUUGACGCCUUUUGCCUUCAAUGCUUUGCAGCGUGAGCUUGUGCUUGCCAUGCAGUAUGCAGUAUCUGAAAUGCCCAAUGGAUCAUGUAUUGUUCGCCAUUUCAAGGAGAUAGAUGGAGAACGUCUCGUGAUUUGGAUACCAGAAGAUGAACAGAUUCACUGUUCCUGUAAAGAGUUUGAAUCUUCAGGACUACUGUGCAGACAUUUGUUGCGGGUAUUUAUAGUAAAGAACUACUUUCAGCUUCCUGACAAGUACUAUUUGAACAGAUGGCAGAGAGAAAGCUCUCUUGAUUUUUAUGAUCCCCACAUUACUCAAAAUAGUGAUGAUCAAUGGUAUCAAGAUUAUCAGUGUCUGGCUGAAACGCUGUUUACAGAAUCUUCAAUCACAAAGGAGCGUUCUGAGUAUGUUCAAAGGGAAGUGACAACACAUCUCACAAGGAUUCUUAAUGAGGUUAGAAACAUGCCAGAAUCUGAAGGAGUCGCUAUGGAUCUGACAUUUUCCCCUGCUGGUUAAUUUCAAGCAGCUGGUGCUGUGUACAGUGUUUGUAGCGAAUGCAACUACAACAAGCUGUGCAUUCUUAUAUGAUCAAAUGGCGAUGAGAGGACAAUAGGACGUCUUUGUAUUGUUAUUCUCCAAUAUUUUAGGGAAGAAGUUCACAAAAACAGGUGGAAGAUGGAGAACCGUUCUUUUUUAGUUGCAAAUCACCAUGGUAGCUUGCGGAUGUAUGAUAGCACAAGGCAGCAGAGGAUGCGGAGAUAGCAACUUAGGUGAUCGAUGACCCUGUAUUUCAUUGGUAAGCAUUUAGUAACAACUUUAGUCUGUGUUUUUCAACUGAUAGCAAUUUAAUUAAAGCAUGGUGUAAUCCCCACCAAUAUUUUGUUUAGUUGUAAAACCAGGCUGAAAAUGGGGGGAAAUUGUACCAAAUUACAGUGCUAGAUCUACUUACAA